AUGGCAUCAGCUCGUGCCAAGACAAUGUAUCGUACGAAAUGCAAGGAGUCGGUGCCCGACGCCGAUGGUUUCUUCCACUGGAAGUUCGAGCCAAUUUUCGAUCGAAUGGCAUUUGAGAUUGUUAUGAAUAUUAUUCAUGGACAGACUCACCUGCUGCCGGACAAGGUGACUCUUGAUACAUUGGCCCAUGUGGCUGCCAUCACAGAUGAUCUGCAGUGUCAUAACGCGGUGAAGUUUGUAACGGAUGCGUGGCUUGAAAGGAUGCAGACGUCCCCGCCUAAAGAGAUAUGUCCGGAUCUCCGUAAAUGGAUUCUCGUCGCUUCAGUUCUUCAUCAGCCUGAUAUUUUUCAAUCAACUACGCGUCUGGCAAUUGUGCAAUGCAGAGGGCCUCUUCUUGGAGAUGACAUUCCUAUUCCUCCCACAAUUAUCGAUGCAAUCGAGUCGAUGAGGAUUCAACUGCUUGGUGAGUUGACCAAGGAAGUGGAGCAGACAAUAGACCGCCUGAGCCGAGGCAACUCCCCUUGCACGUUUGAGUGUCGGUCUAUGUUGCUCGGAGCAUUGAUUCAAGAGACGCAAUGUGCUCGUAUACGACUGUCAGAUUCGUUUGGGUCUCUGCCGAACAUCUCUCUCACCACCGCGCUGAGUGAUAUACGCAAUUUUCGUUCACCGGAUAUCUACACGUCGCUAUCCGAAUACGACGGUCCCAUGGACGAAUAUCAAAGCCGAGAGUCCAAUGUAGCCUGGAAACUGGAACGGGUAUUUGAAGAGCACGGUCAUGCAUCCUACUCCAAAAAAGACAAAAAGCACCGCAAACGUAUCUCCGCCGCAGAUAUGCGGGAAAACGAACUUGAUGCGUAUCCAAGGACACUUUUCAGGCACCAAUGCUCUAUAGUUAGGCUCUUUGAACCUUUCUUGCAGAAAUUUGAAGCGAGUAUAACUGGGCUUAACCUCUCUGACUUCUCGGGAAUGGAGUGA